GCCAAUUUAUCGACCAUCCUCAAGACUCCCCAAUGGCGCCCUCCACGACAGUCCCGAGUGCCUCGGCAAUAGAAGUCCCGGAGACCCUCCUCAAGAAGCGCAAGCAAAACGAAAAGGCCCGUGAGGAGCGUCUCGCUGCGGCCACUGCAGCACGCAAGGCUGGCCUGGCAAAACGAAAGGUCAUCUUCAAGCGUGCUGAAUCAUACGUGAAGGAGUACUUGGCGAAGGAGAAGGAGGAGAUCCGUUUGAAGCGUGCUGCGCGGGCUGCUGGUGAUUUCUACGUUCCGGCAGAAUCCAAGGUGUACUUUGUCGUCCGUAUCAGAGGUAUCAACGAAAUUGCACCCAAGCCACGUAAAAUCUUGCAGCUUCUUCGUCUGCUUCAAAUCAACAACGGUGUGUUCGUCAAGUCCACCAGGGCAACACAACAGAUGCUCCGACUUGUUGAGCCUUAUGUUACCUAUGGCGAACCGAACUUGAAGUCCGUCCGUGAACUGAUCUACAAACGGGGAUACGGCAAGGUCAACAAGCAACGUGUCCCUCUCUCCAAUAACCAGGUCAUCGAGAAUGCCCUUGGCAAAUACAACAUCCUCUGUGUGGAGGACCUUGUACACGAAAUUAUCACCGCAGGCCCCAACUUUAAGCAGGCUUCGAACUUCCUCUGGCCCCUCAAAUUAUCCAACCCCACCGGCGGCUGGAGAGCAAGGAAAUUCACGCAUUACGUCCAGGGUGGUGAUUUCGGUCACCGGGAGGACAGCAUCAACAAGCUUAUCCGCCAAAUGAACUAAUUGAC